GGAUUCAACAACACUUGAUUCGCUGACCAGCCAGUCACAAAUUGCAGGACACGGCAUGGAAACGUGACUAAAGCACACACACGCCAACAGGAUCAUGAACGUGACCCAUGGGAUGGGUUGGUGAUCCUGGUUUGUAUGCCGGGUGUCUUCGCCCUCCAGGUUGGGCUCGAACUCUGAGAACCUAGCUAGAUGUAGAGACUGUAGCGUGUUUGGCCAUGACACCCAAUCCGACUCUUCUGGCCACCGGCUCACAAUUCACUACUUGGCACGAGGCCUGGCAAGAGACCUUUGCCGGCACGCCCGGACUGGCUCCGAGGCCACCCUUACCCCCCGCUGGUGGCCCCGGCGAGGCAUGGCCCGGACUGGACACGCGAGUUGGUUGUCGCACGGGUCGCUGGUUUCGCGCCUCCGGGGCCGUGCUCGCGGCCCAUUCCCGGUGGUUAAAACAGCUCAUUAACCGGGAAUUGGACCAAGCCCUCUUUUGGGACGCAUCGCCGGAAGUGACGGCGGCCAUCUUGCGAUUCUUACACUUGGGUCGAGUUCAGAUCUCGCCUGACUUGGUGCCCGAGAUCCGGGCCUGGUUGACCUUGCUCCAGAUUCAAGAUAAGGGUGUGGAAUGGCCCAAGGAAAGCCCGUCAAAAACGAGACGGACACUAGCCUUAUCUCCCCCGCCCCCGAUGUCGAGGGCCAAGAGCUUUCAAUUCCUAUGCGAGGCGUGUCACGAAGUUUGUACCAACCAAAGCUCGGCUCGUGAACAUUUAGAGCGACACAUGACCCAAACCCGCGACUCGUUUAGCUCUUGGAUGACGGAGUUAUUUGGUCGAGGAUACCUUCAAUCGCCCAUAAUUUGUGGGGGUUGUCAAGCCGAGGUGAUUGUGGGAUUGGACACGAAAAGUAUUCGCGAGUGUGCGGCUGCUCACGUGGACGCUUGCAACGCCCGAUGGAUGGGUCUAAUGGAAUCCGUGACCAAGCAGGCUUUGGUGGAAAAGACUGCUCGGGCCCCAUUGGUGUGGCGGAAAAAUAAAUCCAAGGUGUUGAAGGCCUCCUCUCCGUCUCAGACGGUUUCUCAAGAUCCAUUAUACACUGAGGAGUCUGCAAAGAAUGCCCCCGGACUCAAAACGUUAUUUGACUUAUGUGAGAGCUCGAGUCAAUGUUUUGUGCCGCAAUGCCGACGACCGAUGAGUAUAUUCCAUUUGGUACGGCACACGGAAAUCGCUGACAUCUUGCGCAAGGAAAUCCCUAUACAGACCACUGGCAACUAUGAAUGCGACUACUGCGAUCACUUCCCGAAAUCCCAGUCUCGGUUAGAUUUGAUUACCCAUUUGGUGUCGCAUUGGGAGCAAAGCACACCUAGUUUCCUGCUGAACUAUACCCUGAGCGAUUUGAACACACCAGAGCAAACAGUUCAGUCAAUGGGUUGCUCCGAAGUGACCUUGACAUCCCAAAGUGGUUCCCGUUGCAGUGAAACUGUAUCGAACCAAACGGUCGUACACAAUCCGUCGCAUCCGGCUGGGGAUAUGGAAACACCAUCCACUUCAAAUGCCCCUAAAUACCCAUGUCAGUUUUGCCCUAACGGAGAAAGCACAUUCAUACAGGAUGAUCAACGUAAAAAACACCAUUGUCUAACUCAUUUUCGACAGUUUUUUGAUAAUGAAGCACCAAGCAUCUACCCGUGGAUUUGUGAUGAGCCGGAUUGUCAGUUUAUUGUUGUGGAUUCCGAGUCCUAUGCAAUUCACAGCGGAAUCGUUCAUGGUCGGCUCGAAGAAGCCUUGAAAGAAAAGACAGUGACCGCCAAGAAACGAGGACGACCUCCAAAGAAUAAAAGACUAGUACAAACUGUGCCUGUGAAGAAACACAAGGCAAUGGGAAAAGCAGUCGAUUGCCAGUUAUGUCCAACUCGUUUUCAUCAGAUGAGUGAGCUGAUACGCCACUACACUACCUCUCACUACUAUUCUCGAAUUGAGUGCUCUUAUAGAGAGCCUGAACGGCGAAACGGGGCCUGCUCCUUUUCUUGUAUGGAACCAUUGUCCGAUGGAACUCCGUGCAAAAGUAAGUUUUUGAAACGCCCUACGGGUAAGGCCAUGCAACUCCACAUGGCUUGCGUCCAUGAUGGUAUCCGAAAGAUCCUGGCUAAGGAUGGAAUUGUACCUGAGAAGAGCGGAGAAUGGCCGGAGAGUCAGAUAAAAAUACCGCAAAAGAAAAGGAAAAGAAAAAUGAACACUAGUUCGUCAUCAGAGUCAUCUGCCUCACCAAAGAAGAAACGCUCGAGCUCUUCCACCGUUGUGGCCAAUGGGUCCAAUCCGUCCAACCCGUCCAAUCCGUCCAACCCGUCCAACCCCAAAGAAUUAGAAUUCGUGUGUCAGAAAUGCGAAGAAAGCUUUCCCAGUCGACUCGUGAAAGAUCUCCACACCUGCCAUUCCAUCUUAGAUAAGCACUUUUUGGCGGAUGAUCGGAAAUCUCGACCGAUUCAAGGUGGAGCUGGACCAUCAAAGAGUUUUCUUGCAAAUCCCUAAUAAAAGCAUACCCUAAUGCCUCAAGUGCUGAUUGGUGAGCGACAACCAACAUCGAAAAUGAAGAGAGAGUUUGAAGGAGUUGACGCAAUGCAAAAGAUUCAACCCUUUUCAUAAACUACGGACAGUUAUGUUUUUGAUGAUGAUAUCGCUUUUUGUUUGAUUGGCUUAUUCUUUUAUGAAAUAAGAAUGAUUCAAGUUUUAUGACCGA